CUUCCCCCUCGGGAGAAGCCUGGGGCCCUGGGCGAGCUGGGGGCUCUCACCCGGGAAGAGUGUGGAGCAGCGUCUGGGAGGGGCCUCUUCCAGGCCCUGCCUGUGCCGCCUGGUCUGGGGACUUCCUGUUCCGGGAGCACCUGCCUCAGCGGGUUGGGUGUUGCUCAGGAGGUUUUGUGGGCGCCCUAGUGAAGAGGCCCCGGCUCCCACUCUGCAGGCCCCCGCCUCACUUCUUCCUCCCCUUCAGCUCGGGCACUGGUGGGAAAAACUCGAAUCUAGGGUGCGUGGGGUUGGGCUCUCAGGUGUGGCCACCCUGAGUUUUUUCUGUCAUCUCUAGCUGUGGCUCAUUAAGGCAGAGAAGCAGGCUGACUGCCUCUCAACAGCUCCGAUGACUCCCUUCCUGAUGAGGAGAGACUUGUGGCAGGACUCCAGAGGUCCCAGACAGAGCCCCCCACAUUGAACUCCAUCCUCCCAAACGCUUCCUUCAUGCCUCACUCCUUUCUCCUCCCCCCCCCCAACUCUGGGUCAUGUUUCUGUCCGUCUCUGCAUCUGGUCAAGAAUCUGACCCUCCUUGGAGAGAACAGGGGUUGAGUGCUGGCUGAAGAGGUGGAGCAGGAAUCUCCCGGUGCUGGGGGGGCGGGGGUCCUUUGAUUUGGUGCGAGUCCCCACCCAGCCUGGCUUGGUUGGCUGGUCCUGGCGGUUGCAUAAUCUGGGCCUUGGGGCCAGCCCUGUGAAGCUGCCAGGGACAGUGUGUACGAGGCAGAGCUGCCAAACAGGCCUUGCAGGCAGCAGCCUCUGGGAAGGGGCGGGGGUUACUCCCCGAGGGGCUCCACAGAGAUGCUGGGGAGCCUGACCCCGGUGGGAAGUCCUUCUGCAGGCUUCUAAGGAAGCCACCUCUCAUUCAGAUUCCUCUGCUGAUCCUAAGACUUCGAUCCUUUCGUCCCCUGACCAUCUUACCUCCCUCCUGCAGCUUGGGAUGGCCAAGCCAGCCCUAGCCUCCAGGCGGUGGGUGCGUGGGCCUCGCGCAGAGGCCAGGUGCCAGCCGCUCUCUCGCGCAGCAGCCACGGCUUCCCCUUCAGGGUCUCCGGCGUAGGGGCUGGGGGCUGGGCAGUGGGGAGGUGAGAGAGGGUCCAGUUGUGGGUGGUGAGUAGGGGCCACGUGGCGGCCAGAUGGUCUCUGUACUCCGCCUGAGGCCCCCCACUGGCUGGGACAGGCUCCACGCCAUCCCGCUGCGGCUUGCUCACCUGGGCUUCCACUGCCUGAUGGGCUCGCCAGCCUGUUGGACUGCCUUUCUCCUCUUAGUCACACCACCAGGCUGGCGACAGGAUGGGUGUUGCGGCUGUGACCGUCAGCCUGCUCCCCUCACACUGCACCCAGCCACCUGGCCACGAUACUGCCCCCAGGCUUCUCCCUCAAGUUGGGGGAAGGAGCGGAUGGGAGUGCUUGGUGGGACCAUCUGAGAGCCUCAGGAGUGCCUUGAAGCUGGCUGGUCCCAGGGAGCAGGGGCAUAGUGUGCUAGGGCCGGAAGGUGGCUGGAAGUGGCGAUGGGCCCUGAAGAACUCCCCCAGGCCCUUCUUCUCUCUGCAGGCAGGAUUCUCCUCCCACCCCUGGGCUCUGCAGGCCUCAUUCGCUGGCACGGCUGCCAGGGCGGUUGAAGGGGGCGGGGCAGGUGUGGUUUACACUUCUGCUCUCAGGCGCCUGCUCCCCUUUGUUCUUGGCACUCCUGCCCGGGCUCCGCGGGCUCUGCCGUGUGCUGCUCAGGGCUGGACCUGGCUGAGCAGAGGGAUGGAGGGAAUGGGUUACGGGCCCCAUAGGGCCCCACCGCUGACCUGUGCAUCUCCGUUGGCUCACUUCCCCCAGAGGCCUGGCAUGUCACCAGGGAGCCGGAUGCCCAUGGCUGGCUUGCAGGUGGGACCCCCUGCCGGCUCCCCAUUUGGCUCAGCUGCUCCACUUCGACCUGGCAUGCCACCCACCAUGAUGGACCCAUUCCGAAAACGCCUGCUUGUGCCCCAGGCUCAGCCCCCGAUGCCUGCCCAGCGCCGGGGGUUAAAGAGGAGGAAGAUGGCAGAUAAAGUUCUACCUCAGCGAAUUCGGGAGCUUGUCCCAGAGUCUCAGGCGUACAUGGAUCUCUUGGCUUUUGAGCGGAAGCUGGACCAGACCAUUGCUCGAAAGCGGAUGGAGAUCCAGGAGGCCAUCAAAAAGCCUCUGACGCAAAAACGAAAGCUGCGGAUCUAUAUUUCUAAUACGUUCAGUCCCAGCAAGGCAGAAGGUGAUAGCGCAGGAACCGCAGGGACCCCUGGGGGAAACCCCGCAGGGGACAAGGUGGCUUCCUGGGAACUCCGAGUAGAGGGAAAACUGCUGGAUGAUCCUAGUAAACAGAAGAGGAAGUUUUCUUCAUUCUUCAAGAGCCUCGUCAUUGAGCUGGACAAGGAACUGUACGGGCCUGACAACCACCUGGUGGAGUGGCACCGGAUGCCCACCACCCAGGAGACAGAUGGCUUCCAGGUGAAACGGCCCGGAGACCUCAACGUCAAGUGCACCCUCCUGCUCAUGCUGGAUCAUCAGCCUCCCCAGUACAAGUUGGACCCCCGACUGGCGAGGCUGCUGGGGGUGCACACACAGACGAGGGCUGCCAUCAUGCAGGCCCUGUGGCUCUACAUCAAACACAACCAGCUGCAGGACGGCCACGAGCGGGAGUACAUCAACUGCAACCGGUACUUCCGCCAGAUCUUCAGUUGUGGCCGACUCCGUUUCUCUGAGAUUCCCAUGAAGCUAGCCGGGUUGCUGCAGCAUCCAGACCCCAUUGUCAUCAACCAUGUCAUUAGCGUGGACCCUAACGACCAGAAGAAGACAGCCUGUUACGACAUUGAUGUGGAGGUGGAUGACCCGCUUAAGGCCCAGAUGAGCAAUUUUCUGGCCUCCACCACCAAUCAGCAGGAGAUCGCCUCUCUUGAUGUCAAGAUCCAUGAGACCAUUGAGUCCAUCAACCAGCUGAAGACCCAGAGGGAUUUCAUGCUCAGUUUUAGCACUGACCCCCAGGACUUCAUCCAGGAAUGGCUCCGUUCCCAGCGCCGGGACCUCAAGAUCAUCACUGAUGUGAUUGGGAAUCCUGAGGAGGAGAGACGAGCUGCUUUCUACCACCAGCCCUGGGCCCAGGAAGCAGUGGGGAGGCACAUCUUUGCCAAGGUGCAGCAGCGAAGGCAGGAACUGGAACAGGUGCUGGGAAUCCGCCUGACCUAACUGCUCAGGGAUCCCUUCCUUUCUUCCCAGCCCUGGAGCCACCCCCUCCUCAGCCUGGAAGGGGACCGCCCUCUGGGGCACAGACAUGUAGGAUAAGGAGGGGGGAGGGGUGUCUCCUGUCACCCUCUGCUCCCCAGCUUUAGUUUCGUAAGUGUAGUGAUAGGAUUCCUUGUUGCUUGGUCCCAAAGCCUUAUUACUUACACGUUGGCUUUAAUUGGAUUCACAGCAGAGGCCUCCUCUGCCCCCUGCAGGCAGGCCCAAGUAGGACCUGGAGGCUGUGCUUUGACAUGGUAACCGAGACCUUUCAGAACCAAAGGCCCCUGGCUUUGCUUGUUUACAGACCCCGUUGGGGCGAGUGUCAGCGCUGGCUCUGGGGAGCUGGGCGAGGAAGAGGGGCACAGCUCACACUCUUCCUAGCCUUUCCAAACCAAAGUUCUUUGCCAUUCCUACCAGCCCAGCCUUGCUGCUGGUUUUUUUUCCUUUCUUGGGUAUUUGCACUAUUCGUGGAGCAGGUUUUUCUAUGCGGGAGCCACUUUUUUUUGUACAGGGGUAAGCUGGGGUUUUUCAGGGAGCCCUACUUGGUGUCUCCUUCCUUGUUUUCUUCUCUCAAUCUAUGCAAGCGGCUCUGGCCGCCAUCAUCUCCUGAGAGGCCAGAGGGCUGCCACCCCAGCUCUUGGGCCCGGGGGUAACGCCUCCUAGAGGGAGGGCACACUAGUUCUCUGGCGUGGCCUGAGGCAUGGGUGUGUGUGGGCAGGGGUAGGUGCAGGGGAGAGAUGGCGAGGACUAUUGUCCUUUGGAGCUUGUUAAGGAGGGUGGGCCUAGGGCUUGGCAAGUGCCACUUCUGGCAGGUUUGGAAAUUUCCAAAUAAAUCUUUGUUUAUUGGUG